AUGGAGCUCACUGGAAGCAGUUACGAAGGAGAUAUAAAAAAUGACAGGAUGGAGGGAAGAGGAGAGUACACCUUUCCCACAGAGAGCAAGUAUGUGGGAGAGAUGAAAGAUGGGAUGUUUCAUGGCAAAGGAGUGCUACACUUUCCAAAUGGAAGUAAAUAUGAGGCCACCUGGGAAAACGGCAGAGCUAAACAGGGGUCGUUCACCUUUGCUGAUGGUCUGCAAUACCAGGAGACGGACUGGGACUACUGCGACGGUUACGACAGGCGUUUCUACACUGAGAGGUGCAAUGGACUCAGACCUGCAGGAGAAUCUCAGCUAACCGAUCUGCAUCCUCCACGUGUCAUUCCUGAUGGGUGUUAUGAUUGUGGAGACGGUUUCUAUGACCCCGCCACCAGGGUCAUCACUUCCUACUCGGGCAGAUUCCUCAGGAAUGCAGAUGACUCCGAACAUGAGUGGAUUGUGCGGACCUGUCGUAAAGCAUGGGAUGAGGUUGCUGGCGUUGCUCCUGAAUAA